CGGGGGCGGAGUCAAACCCUGAAGAGGUGUAACUGCUGUAAGGUUACUGAGGCUUUAACCUGCUGAAAACGAGGAAGCGACAUCUGGAUCAACUUGGACUUACCAAAGGAACCACUUUAUUUUGCUAGUUAACAGACAUUUCUUCAUUUUGGCCCAGUUUCGUUGUUGUAAACUGAGGUUGUCGAAAUGUCUUCGAUGGACUUGGAGAAGCUGAAGAUGACGGGAGCUGGUCGGGCCAUGGCAGUGCUGACCAGCGGUGGAGAUGCACAAGGGAUGAAUGCUGCUGUCCGAGCUGUGACCAGAAUGGGCAUCUAUGUGGGGGCCAAGGUCUAUCUUAUUUAUGAGGGAUACCAGGGCCUGGUGGAUGGGGGAGACAACAUCAAACUGGCACACUGGCACAGUGUGACCAACAUCAUCCAACUGGGUGGGACUGUGAUAGGUAGCGCCCGAUGCAAGGCCUUCACAACUCGUGAAGGCCGACUCGCCGCCGCCUUCAACCUGGUGAGGAAAGGCAUCACCAACCUAUGUGUGUGUGGUGGAGACGGCAGCCUCACUGGAGCCAACAUCUUUCGCAGUGAGUGGAGCGGUCUGCUGGCGGAGCUCGUACAGAAAGGAAGGAUCACAGACACUCUGGCCAAGCAGUACAACCACCUGAACAUCGUGGGGCUUGUGGGCUCCAUCGACAACGACUUCUGCGGCAGCGACAUGACCAUCGGCGCUGACUCUGCGCUGCACCGCAUCAUGGAGAUAAUUGAUGCUAUCAUGACCACUGCACAAAGCCACCAGCGCACUUUUGUUCUGGAAGUCAUGGGGCGACACUGUGGAUAUCUGGCCUUGGUGUCAGCACUGGCAUCUGGGGCAGACUGGCUUUUCAUUCCAGAGGCUCCUCCCCAUGAGGGUUGGCAGGACCUUAUGUGUGCCCGUCUUGAGGGGAGCCGCAUAAAUGGGUCAAGACUCAACAUUAUAAUCAUCGCAGAAGGAGCCAUUGACAUAAAUGGCAAGGCCAUCUCCUCAACUUACGUAAAAGAUCUGGUGGUGACGAGGCUGGGUUAUGAUACCAGAGUGACCGUACUCGGCCAUGUUCAGCGAGGAGGAACUCCCUCAGCAUUUGACAGAAUACUGAGCAGUAAGUUGGGUGUGGAGGCGGUGGUUGCCCUGAUGGAGGCCUCUCCUGACACCCCAGCCUGUGCCAUCGGCCUCUCAGGUAACCAUGCUGUUCGUCUGCCUCUAAUGGAGUGUGUGGAGAUGACUAAGUUGGUGCAGACGGCCAUGAAUGAGAAAAGGUUUGAUGAGGUUGUCCAACUGCGUGGAGGGAGUUUUGAGAACAACUGGAACAUCUACAAGCUUCUUGCCUUCGAGAAGCAUGCCCAGUCUGAGAGCAAUUUCUCUUUGGCUAUUCUGAAUGUGGGAGCUCCGGCAGCAGGGAUGAAUGCAGCUGUGAGGUCUGCUGCGAGGUUAGCGCUCACUCAAGGACACAAGGUCUACGCUGUCCACGAUGGCUUUCAAGGACUUGCCGACGGAGCGGUUUUUGAGAUGGAAUGGCACAGUGUGGCGGGAUGGACCGGCCAAGGGGGCUCACUGCUGGGCACAAAACGAACACUUCCAAACAAACACAUGGAGAAGAUUGUGGAAACCAUCACUAAGUUCAACAUCUCAGCUCUGCUUGUAAUUGGAGGGUUUGAGGGGUACGAAGGUGUGCUGCAGCUGUUUGAAGCCCGGGGUCGCUAUGAUGAGCUCUGCAUCCCCAUGUGUGUAAUCCCUGCUACCAUCAGCAACAACGUCCCUGGAACCGACUUCAGCCUGGGAGCAGACACGGCUGUCAAUGCUGCCAUGGAGGGUUGCGACAAGAUCAAGCAGUCUGCCAGCGGGACCAAGAGACGAGUGUUUGUGGUGGAGACUAUGGGUGGAUUCUGUGGCUAUCUGGCAACCAGCACUGGUAUAGCUGUGGGUGCUGACGCAGCCUACAUCUUUGAAGACCCCUUCGACAUCCACGACCUGAAGACCAAUGUGGAUCAUUUAACUGAAAAGAUGAAGAAGGACAUCCAGCGGGGUCUAAUACUGAGGAAUGAAAAAUGCCAUGAAAACUACACGACAGAUUUCAUCCAUAGGCUGUAUUCAUCAGAGGGGAAGGGCAUCUUUGACUGCAGAGUCAAUGUGUUGGGACACCUUCAGCAGGGAGGGGCACCUUCUCCCUUUGAUAGAAAUUUUGGCACUAAGUUGGGUGUGAGGGCUGUGCAGUGGAUUUCAGAGAGGUUGACUGAAAACUUCAGACAAGGCCGCGUGUUUGCCAACUCACCAGAUACAGCGUGUGUGCUUGGCCUCAACAGGAAAGUCAUCUCAUUCAGCCCCGUCACUGAACUAAAGGCUGUGACUGAUUUUGAGCACCGGAUGCCCAAGGUCCAGUGGUGGUAUAAUCUUCGGCCGAUGCUAAAAAUGUUAGCCAAGUACCAAACCAGCUUCUGUGAAUAUGUCCCAGGAGAGAUUGAACAUGUGACUCGACGCUCCAUCAGCAUCGACUCUGGGUUCUAGGCUCUCUACAACUACAGUAUACUCUCUGAACUUUUUGACCCUUAUCUGUCCAUCACACUUUAAGAAUGGUUUUCAAUCUGCUGCUAUAUAUAUUUACAGGACUCAAGACUUUUCAAAACCAGCAUUGAUCACAAUCUGUCGUCAGUGUCAUAGUAGCUACAGUAUAUUAAAUAAUAUAAAAAUGUACUUCAAGUAUUCAUUUAUUGAAUGAGGCAUUCAAUACAGAGCAGACUUUGCUAUUCCUUGUGCCAAGCGAGCCUUUGUACAGUCAAAUCACUGCGUAAAAAAACAACCAGGUGUGCCAUGAAGCUAAAAACAGCAGAUUGUAUGUGGUGUGAUAUCAAUGGUUUGCUUUUAUAAUCACAUACAUAAAUAAUCUGAUCAAGAAGCUUAAGUAAAAGAAGUGAGUAUAUUCAUAUUGUAAUAGGUUUCAUUAGCUAAAAAUGAGAGCUACUAAAUUUUGGAGCCCCUCUAUAAUUUGCACAAAAAUUAAAGUUGGAGAGCCCCAGUGGUUUGUUUGAGAUAGUCUUCUGAUACAUGUUAAACUCAUGUAAUGACAGAAUGUGACUCAUGGGACCAGUGAGAUGUAAAUUUCCUUUGAUUUAUACACUGUAUAGGACUGAAACACUGCUUCUGUCAUUAAUUAAUACAAACAGCAAAUCACAAAAUAUCAACACGCAGUUUAUUACAAUAAGCUUCACAACUACUGUACUUAAAAUAGAGAAAUCUGUAAAGAAAUAUGAAUGUAUUUGUUGUAUUAUUUUGAUACUAAUGCUAUAUCUUCAAUAAAAUGUUAUUCAACAGUGA